GCGAUAUCUGGAGAAUUUCUAAAAUUUUUCGUAGGCCCGAUCUCAAAUCCGGUGAAAGGAAGGCAAAUUUGCGGUGCCAUGAUCGACCCAUUGCUUCAAAUUCUAGACUCCACGAUACAAGCUCGGGACUACACCAUUCAAGUCCACUUGAUCGGUAUUUUGAG